UUCAACCCAUCUCAGGAUAUCAUAUCACAAAAUUAAAGCAUUCAAAAUCAAGUCAAAUAAUAGUAUUAGUUUACAAAACAUAAGUGUAUAUUGUCAAAACAAACAUGGCUCAGUUCAUGAGCUACUUCAUUGUUCUUGCUCUCCUAGCAUUUGCACCACCACUAUGCUUCUCGCACAAAACCAAAAGUGGGUAUCUCUACCCGCAGUUCUACGAUCACUCGUGCCCGCAAUUGCAACAGAUUGUCAAGUCUGUUGUUGCUAAGGCGGUUGCGAGGGAACGUAGAAUGGCUGCUUCCUUACUUAGGCUCCAUUUCCAUGAUUGCUUCGUCAAGGGAUGUGAUGCCUCAUUGUUGCUAGACAAUGGUGGAGGCAUAGUCUCAGAGAAGGGGUCCAACCCUAAUAAAAACUCUGUUCGAGGGUUUGAGGUCAUCGACGAAAUCAAGGCUGCCGUGGAGCAAGCAUGCCCUCAUACCGUCUCUUGUGCUGAUAUUCUUGCUUUAACUGCCAGAGAUUCAACUGUUAUUGUUGGUGGACCAAACUGGGAAGUGCCCUUAGGAAGAAAGGAUGCAAGAGGAGCUAGUUUGAGCGGAUCAAACAAUGAUAUUCCUGCUCCUAACAACACAUUUAACACCAUUCUUACCAAGUUUAAACGCCAAGGCCUCAACCUUGGUGAUCUUGUUGCCCUCUCAGGUGCUCACACAAUAGGUAAUGCAAGGUGUGUAAGCUUCAGACAAAGGCUCUACAACCAGAACAAUAACGGGCAACCAGACGUCACAUUGAACCAUCUAUAUGCUUCAAAGUUGCGCAACCAGUGCCCACGAUCUGGUGGUGACCAAAACUUGUUCUUCUUAGACUAUGUCUCCCCCUUCAACUUUGAUAACAGCUACUACAAGAACAUCUUAUCUUACAACGGACUAUUGAACUCUGACCAAAUUUUGUUAACCAAAAAUCAUGCAUCAAUGAAAUUAGUGAAGCAAUAUGCUGAGAAUAUGGAGCUCUUCUUUCAUCAUUUUGCUAAGUCCAUGGUCAAGAUGGGUUAUAUCUCUCCAUUGACUGGGAAAAGAGGUGAGAUCAGGCAAAAUUGCAGAAGGAUCAAUACCUACUAAGAGUUCCUAACAGGUCAAAAUGUUAAAUGUGUGUGUGUUUUGUCUGUUUUGUUGUUUCAGUUGAAAAUUUGUGUAAUUUAGCCUGAAUUUCUUUACCUGUACAAGUAAUUUCAUUAUCUGUUUGUUUGAAGAAGAGUGACUGCUACUGUAGCACGUUCUGAGAGAAAUAUGUAAAUUAGUCUUCCAAAUGAAAUAAAUAUAUAUUGGUUCA